UUCGCAAGCGGCAUGCAGCGGGUGGCGAUCGGGGCGGGGGCAGCCAUUGUGGCGAUGGCGACGCUCCUGCUGAUCUCUUACGGGAAGCCAGCAGUUCUGGAGCAGGAUCAGGCUGGCUACAGAGUAUUUUUGCAGCCCAACUCCAACGCUGGAAGAACGCAGAUGCUUCCCAUGAUGAACGGAUAUCCCAUGCCGCACACCAUUGUGCAAACUGCUCCCUAUGUUCCCCCUCAGCAGACCAUUCGUCCAGUCUUCAACGUGAUCCCCAACCCGGGAUCUGCAGAUGCUCUCAGAAGGCUGCAAGACGAGAUGGCUACCCAAAGACUUGCCUUCUCUCAGCUGAAGGAGAACCUGGGAUACGUCCGCCAGGUGGUUGACGGGCUCAAGGCCGAACUUGCGCUGCAGACAAGCGGAAAGAAGGCUGUAACGUUCAAGGAUCUUGCCCGCCUCAAGAAGUACAUCGACAUCAACAGAGCCUCCGUCAAGACUCUGCAGGAUAAGUCCCGUGAGCUCGACUUGCAAGUCCGCCAGCUCCAGGCCUCCAAGAACCGACCAGGACCCCAGGGACCUCCGGGUCCUCAGGGUGAGACGGGAGCACCAGGUCCACGUGGAGAGCCAGGACGUGAGGGUAUCCAGGGACCACCCGGACCAGCGUUCUCUGCUGCUGAGAGAGAUGCGAUUCGCAAGGCGAUCGGAGUGCUCAAGCGGGUGGGAGCGGAGAAGGUAGCGACGGUGGAAGAGGGAGACGAGUCCCCAGAGGGAUCUGACGGAGCUGAUAACGAGGAGGCAAAGAAAUCCGAGGCUUCGGAGUCUAAGCUGAAGCAGAAGAGCACGAAGAAGCAGGAGUGGGGAACUUUGUUGAACCAGCUUAAGAAGCGCCUCGAAUAAGUUUUCUCAGUGUUUCUCCUUUUCUCUUUCUUCUCCUCGAUGAUUUGACAUCUCAUAACAAAAUCAAUAAACUUCACUGUGUGUGCAGC